AUGAGAUUCAGAAAAGGAAGCAGAGUUGAGGUAUUUAGCAACAAAGAGGCACCUUAUGGUGCGUGGCGAUGUGCUGAGAUUCUCUCGGGUAAUGGACAUACCUACAAUGUUAGAUAUUACUCUGCCCAACUUGCACACGAGGAGACAGUAAGGGAGAGAGUUCCAAGGAAGAUACUUAGGCCGUGUCCUCCCCAAGUGGGUGUAGUGAGAUGGGAGACUGGUGAGUUGGUGGAAGUUCUUGAUAAUUUCUCCUGGAAAGCUGCCACUGUUCGAGAAGAGAUACGCGGAAAGUACUACGUGGUUCGGUUACUUGGGACUCCAGAGGAACUUACAUUUCACAGACGAAACCUCAGGGUCCGACAGUCGUGGCAAGACGAGAGAUGGGUUGCAAUCGGAAAGAUGUCAGGUUCUCUCAAGUCGUCCACACUGACUGGAUCAGACGUACAUCAGAAGCUACAGCCCCAAAUGAACAGCAUACUUCCCCACGAGCCUAGUGUUGUCUCCGUUAGAGUAUUAAAGAGGCCUUCACCUCACAACUGGUCUGAAUGUGCCGAAUCAUGCACAGGAAACCCCAAGAAGAUACGAUCACUGGAAGCUUCCUCUAAGAAUCACAAAAAUGGUUGCUGUCAGAUGGUCAGGGUAAGAUCAAAAGGCUCUGGUGAGAGUGUUCGUGCAGGAAGCCGAGUCGCUGAUGAUUGUUAUGAUAGCGAUGCAUGCUCAGUUGGUAGUUGUAGCGCUCUUAGCUAUGAUGAGAGUAACAUGCCACCACCCAUGCUAGAUGGCUCUAGUCAACAGGCAGACUCAUUUGACAGCGAUGCUGAAUCAUCUUGUGGCCUUGGGGAAGAAGCAAGGCCGAAACAUUCAUUAGGAGGUGAUGGAGCAAGAAGGUCUUGUAGGUCUGAACUCUAUACUUACCGCAGUACUUUGGGGGACUUGUUUGCUUCUGGUCCGUUAAGUUGGGAACAGGAAACAUCGUUAACCGAUCUUCGUCUUUCUCUCAAUAUAUCAGAUGAUGAACAUUUGAUGGAGGUAAGAAAUUUGAUAUCUGCUGGUACCCGCAGUCAAUUUUGCUAG